GCUCUGCAGUCAGCCAAUCUGGUGACAGUAUGCAAAUUAGCAGGAGCCUGACUGUGGCUGGGAGGGGAGUGUGCGAUACAGAGAAAGGAGCUGAAUGUAUCCUGGGCUGACUGUAUCAGGAUACCAGUCUGUCUGUCUGUCUGUUUGAGUCUAUCAGUGUCUGUCUGUCUGAGUCUAUCAGUGUCUGUCUGACUGCAACAAUAGCUGUCUAUUUGAGGAGAGCUUCCUUCAGUCUCAGGUUAGUACAUAUCCCACCUCUACCUCUGUAUAUAGGCACAUAUCCCACCUUUACCUCUGUAUACAGGCACAUAUCCCUACCUCUGUAUACAUACACAUCUCAUCCCUACCUCUGUAUAUAGGCACAUAUCCCAUCCCUACCUCUGUAUAUAGGCACAUAUCCCACCCCUACCUCUGUAUACAGGCACAUAUCCCUACCUCUGUAUACAGACACAUCUCAUCCCUACCUCUGUAUAUAGGCACAUAUCCCACAUCUACCUCUGUAUACAGGCACAUAUCCCUAACUCUGUAUACAGUCACAUCCCAUCCCUACCUCUGUAUACAGGCACAUAUCCCACCUCUAACUCUCUAUACAGGCACAUAUCCCACAUCUACCUCUGUAUACAGGCACAUAUCCCACCUCUACCUCUGUAUACAGGCACAUACCCUACCUAUAACUCUGUAUAAAGGCACAUAUCCCACAUCUACCUCUGUAUACAGACAAAUAUCCCACAUCUACCUCUGUAUACAGACAAAUAUCCCACAUCUACCUCUGUAUACAGGCACAUACCCUACCUAUACCUCUUUAUACAGGCACAUAUCCCACAUCUACCUCUGUAUACAGACACAUAUCCCACAUCUACCUCUGUAUACAGGCACAUAUCCCACCUCUACCUCUGUAUACAGGCACAUAUCCCAUCCCAUCCUCUAUAUACAGACACAUAUUCCAUCCUCUAUAUACAGACAUAUAUCUCAUCCCUAUCUCUGUAUACAGACACAUAUUCCAUACCUUCCUCUCUAUACAGACAUGCAUCCCACCCGUACCUCUGUAUAAAGACACAUAUCCCACCCCUACCUCUGUAUAAAGACACAUAUCCCACCCCUACCUCUGUAUAAAGACACAUAUCCCACCCCUACCUCUGAAUACAUGCACAUAUCCCAUCCCUACCUGUAUACAGACACAUAUCCCAUCCCUGCCUUUCUAUACAGACACAUAUCCCAUCCCUGCCUCUCUAUACAGACACAUAUCCCGCCUCUAACUCUCUAUACAGACACAUAUCCCAUCCCUACCUCUCUACUACAGACCCACCCCCUCUCUAUGUACUUAUCACCCAAUAUGAUGAUAUGAUGAUGAAGUUAAUACUGUCCUUGGUGCUGUUGUGUGUCCCUAUUCCAAGUUGCACGCACCCCCUCCCCAUAAGUGCUAUUGUUUUUCUCUAACACAAGAUUGCUGCUGGAUGUCAGGCAUUUCCCUACUAAUGGGUGGGGGACCACCUUCCCUAGUAUAAGUUACAUUAUUUGGUGCUAUUUGGGGCACCGGUCCAGUUGCUGUCAUGUGUCUGCCAUGAUUUGGGGAGUGACUGUGCAGCCUCCCCUCACCCUGAACGCUUUUCUAUUUCAGGGGGAUCCAGACGGAUCGAAAUAUGUCCAGUCUCAUACUCUUUGUCCUUCCCUUGCUCCUUGGGACUGUGGCCCCAUCUCCUGCCAGGUGGGCCCCAGACGGUGAGGAUGUUCUGAUGGAGGUAGAUGUUUCUCCCAUGGAACCCGCCUUCAAUGUUGGAGCUGAGAAGGACAGCCUGAAUGAGAUGUUCCGGGAGGUGGAGGAGCUAAUGGAAGACAGUCAGACCAAGCUGCAGAAUGCUGUUAGAGAGGUAAGAUCCCCUUUUAAAAAGAUUCAAUCUUUAUAAAUGAACAUCAACUCUAAAAGACCCCAAAUCAUUAUCACUGAAAACUGGCAUUGAAAACUCCCAUUGGAUAACUUAUCAGUGAUCACCCUCGCCAUUAGGGAAACAACCGCUAAAUCAAGGGUGCUCGAAAGGUAGAUGCCCAGAUAUUUUAAAACGACAGUUUCCAUGAUGUUUUGUCAUUCUAAAGGCAUGCAAAGCAUCAUGGGAGUUGAAGUCCUACAAAAUCUGGGGAUCUAUACCCUAAAUCAUUAUCAAUAAACACCGGCCUUGGAAGAAGACCCCUACAAUUAUGAUCAAAGAUCAAUCACGUUGCAAAAGACUACUAGAUCAUUAUCUGAACACCCCCUUUAACAAAAGACCAUGAGAUCAUUCUUCUUAUUAUUCCUAUUAUUUAUGAUUGAACUGUCUUUCUAAAUCACACUUUAACAGUGCUCUCACUACUUGCAAUGGUAAAAGCAAGUCUUAUGGCUUGCCUGAUGUGUGUAUUUGUGUUUAACAUUGCAUUAACUAUCCACUUAUUUCAGGUGGAAGGGGUUUUCAUCCACACUUUUUUUCCCCACCACAACUUAUUUGGUAUGUACUUAACAAUUAAAGCCAAACCUCCAUAGCAAGCCAGUAACCAACUUCAUGCUGAUGAGUUGAAAUAACAAUGAAACAGCUGUCCAUGAGUGGCUUUACUCCUCUUCCUGAGUUGUGUUUCAAAGCUGUUGUAUACAGCAGACACAUACUCCAAGGAAUCAAUGUAUAAGGUGGAAUUAUGAGGCAAAAAUGUGGUUCUUUGUUGAGCUCAUUUGCAUAUGCCUACCCAGAAUUCCUUGCAGUAGUGAGAGCACUGUUAAAGUGAGAUUUCUGUGGGAAAAGCAAGUCUGAUGGCUUGACUGGUGUGUGUAUUUGUGUUUAACAUUGCAUUAACUAUCCACUUACUUCAGGUGGAAGGGGUUUUCGUCCACACUUGUUUGCCCACCACAACUUAAUUGGUAUGUAAAUCUUACUAUAUAUGCAUUGUCUGUGUCAUAACCACUCAAUGGAUGGCACAUACUUAUUCGUUUUUGGUUUUUAUAUUUACAUAUAAACCAGUUAACUGACAGGUGGAUUCCAGGUGUUUUGUAAGGGUUCCAGCGGGAGAUGUGAAGGCUAUGAGGACCCCAUUGGUAAUACACUAGGGGGAUAAUGUAUAAAAAGAGGAAAUAUAUUGUAAAAAUUAAUGAAAAGAUUUACCUUUUAAACUUUGACUUCUCCAGUUGCCAGGAAGUAGCUGAAAUUUCCAAUCCAAUCCUGGCACUAUCAUUGCUUUAGGUAGGAGUUCUCCUGAAAUCCUAUGAAGCACAUGCAAUUGCAGAAAAACACAGACAGCAAGCUCUGUGUGUCCUUACCAUUGCAGGGAGCGUAGGUGCUUGGAGUGACCCUUAAAGGAACAUUAUAGGCACUCAGACUACUUCAGCUCAUCGAACUUGUCUGGGUGCAGUGUCCCUGUCCCACUUAGUCCUGCAAUGUAAAUCAUUGCAGUUUUUUGAGAAACUGCAACGAUUAUCGUGAAGGACUAAGACUGCCUCUAGUGGCUGCUUGAUUGAAAAUUGGCAAUGAUUGUGAAUCACACAGCCACUAGAGGCACUUGCUGGUGGUUAGGUGACGUUUGGUUGCCUAAGUGACGCUGGAUGUUCUCACGCUAUGCAUGCAGACAUCUAGCAUCUGUAAAAUACUAAUACAAAAGCAUUAAUACAAUGCUUUCGAAUGGGGAAGGCCUAAUUUUAAAUGUCUUACAUUAACAAAGAGAUUUAGGUUAGGUCACACUGAAAUGUAGAACAAUGAAUUCCAACAUAUUUUUCCAUUAAAGUCAAUAGAGUCUGGAUCAGCAACAUACUUUAAAGGACCACUUAUUGAAUUGGUCUGGGUCAGUGGGCCUUUGUUUUAACCCUGCAAUUUAACAUUUUGCAGAAACUGUAUCCAUUGCAGAUUUAAGCACAGCUCUAGUGGCUUCCCUCCUGACAGUCAGAACUGCAGGGUUAUUCCAUAAAGUGAGAAUUUAAAGUGAAUUCAAAAUGGAUUUCAACGUAAGGAUAAAGUAGGCGAGCUAGAAGCAUAGCCGAAUUACAGAAUUUUGUCAGUUCAGCUAUUUUACCCUUAAACUUGAAAUUCAUUUUAUAUUCAUUUUGAAUUAUCACUAUAGUAAAUAACCCUGUUGGUUUUCAAUAAAAUGCUGCUCUUAGAGAACAUUUGAUUGGUGCAGCACGGCAAUUUGUCACGCGUGCUCACUAAAAUCCCAGUGCCCUAUAGGGAAGCUUUGGAUUGGCUGAGAUCAUCAAUCUUGAUAAUCUCAACCGGGGAAGUGGGGCAGCUGCGGCGAGACGACACAGCGAAGGAGUAAAGGAAAGUAAACUCACCUUUCAAACCCUGAUUGAGGGGUUACUCCACACCAAAUAGGUAGGAUAAAAAAAUUGCAUUAGGAAUACAUGUUUGUAAUAUUCCUUUAAAAUAACUGACUUUGCAAUCUCAUAUUUACUAUUGGCCAAUCUGGUUGAAAUUAAGUUUUUCGUUUGGUACUACCAGUGUCUGCAAAAUCAAAAAGUACUUCUAUAGUAGAAUGCCUCAUAUAAAACAAUACUUGCAUACUUAUAAAACACUGAAUUUCAACUGGAUGCAGUCUGAACAAGUACGGCAGAAGUCAAAUCCCCCAAAUAAAUGAACCUGCUUUUUGCAGGUGAACCUCCUUUUCAUAAAUGAACCCUUUAGCAGCGUAAGCAGCCAGCGAUUUAAUAAAUAAUAAUAAUAAAUGAAUGAUAUAAUAUACAGUAACCUAGAUAAGCAUGUUUUAAUUAUUUUGACUCAACAUUUUCUUUCGUUACAAAUGACAGCUGUCUUCCUUCAGCUUCGACCCAACUGAUUUGUGGAAAUUGGGUUGAAGUGAGUUUGUGGCAGAUGGCUGUGAAUUCUUUCUAAUCCUCACUGUGUUUGUGGGUUUGGUUACGUAUUUUUUUCAUUCGGUUCUGGAUUUCUUACACCAGGUUGCAUCAGGACAAGCUUAAAGGGACACUAUAGUCACCUGAACAACUUACGCUUAAUGAAGCAGUUUUUGGUGUAUAGAACAUGCCCCUGCAGCCUCACUGCUCAAUCCUCUGCCAUUUAGGAGUUAAAUCCCUUUGUUUAUGAACCCUAGUCACACCUCCCUGCAUGUGACUUGCACAGCCUUCCAUAAACACUUCCUGUAAAGAGAGCCCUAUUUAGGCUUUCUUUAUUGCAAGUUCUGUUUAAUUAAGAUUUUCUUAUCCCCUGCUAUGUUAAUAGCUUGCUAGACCCUGCAAGAGCCUCCUGUAUGUGAUUAAAGUUCAAUUUAGAGAUUGAGAUACAGUUAUUUAAGGUAAAUUACAUCUGUUUGAAAGUGAAACCAGUUGUUUUUUUCAUGCAGGCUCUGUCAAUCAUAGCCGGGGAGGUGUGGCUAGGGCUGCAUAAACAGAAACAAAGUGAUUUAACUCCUAAAUGACAGUGAAUUGAGCAGUGAAAUUGCAGGGGAAUUAUCUAUACACUAAAACUGCUUUAUUUAGCUAAAUUAAUUUAGGUGACUAUAGUGUUUCUUUUAAAGGGAAACCCCUUCUGUCACUUACCUGAGUCCUGUGCCGCUGUCCCUAGGUGCUGAUUCAGGUUCCGCAUCCGCUCCUCCCCCACUAACAAUGGCCGCGCUCACAUUAGUACUUCCCCCAUAGGAAAGGUCCCUCUAGUGGUUGUCUGGUAGACAGCCAGUAGAGGUGGAGUUAACCCUAGCAGGUAAUUAUUGCAGUCUAUUUAAAACUGCAAUAAUUACCUUUCUAGGGUUAAGGGACCUGGGACACUGCACCCAGACCACUUUAAUGAGCAUGCUUAUAGUUUAUUUGAAUCUGGUUUACAUUCAGUCGAAGGUGGAGCCUGUUUUGCAGAAUCUGAACAUUUCUUCAGAACAAUGUUGGAUUUUGCAGUCGGAAUACCUCCAAAAGGAUUAGUUUAAAUAAUGUUGCACACGGUUAACUAUAUAUUAGAGAAUAACCCUGUGUAGGGAAUUAAGACCACAAAUAACAUUUUGGAGAAAUUCCUGAACUCACUAGAGUCACAGCUCGGCUGUUAGAACCUACAUUUUGCCAUUUGGAUUGAAAUUUGAUACAAUUUGAAGUUUAGUGAAUAGGUCACUUUAUGAUUUGUGACCUGCGCAUGAUUUAACAGUAAAUGACUGAAGUGUGCGACUUUUCGACAUUUACUGCUGGUUUUCCGAGGGCUUUACACAUGCCUUAAGAAUUACCCACAGUUCCCUAGAUUUUUAUUUUAUUACUUUUCGUUUUCAUGCAUUGAAGAGAUUUUUCUCGACAGCUCAAUAAGUAAAACCUGCAGGGGAAAUAAAACCAUUCGUCUUUAAUGUUCUCUGUGGUUCGCUUUUGCAAAAUGACUGCUUCUACAAGAAAAUGUCCUACCCGGCCAACUUUCCAAAGAAAACCAAAUAUCUACAAGCAACAUCACUUUAACUCGCCGAGUCCCAAAAUAUAGAAGAAAGGAAGAUUGACAGUUUACAACAUUCAGGCUAAUAUAACCAAGCUAUGUGUGGAAUGGAGAUAGAGAAUGUUUUCAAAUAAUUACACCUAAGUUUUGCAUAAGGUUUCCAAUUCAACGUUUAAUGGAUAAAACCCUAUAGUUAUAUUGUUCCCCUUUAAACCCUAGAGUCCAGGCUCUUUCUGUUUGUUUCAGUAAGUUUCAAAACGUAUUGAAAUGUGUAACGUAGUGUGUGUUGUGUCUUAUUUGAAUUAUUAUUAUUAUUAUUUAUAAAGUGCCAACAAAUUUCGCAGCACUGUACAAUAGGUGGACUAACAGAUUUAUUUGUAACCAAAUGAGUUGGACGCACAGGAACAGAGGGGUUGAGGGCCCUGCUCAAUGAGCUUACAUGCUAGAGCAGGGGUUCCCAACCCUGUCCUCAUGUACCCCCUACCGGUCCAGGAUUUAGGGAUUAUCCUGUUGUAUCUAAAGUGUUUUUUAAAAGUUCCUUAGACAAAACUGGGCAAUCACUAAAUCCUGGACUGUUAGGAGGUACUUGAGGACUUGGUUGGGAACCACUGUGCUAGAGGGAGUGGGGUAUAGUGACACAAUGGGUAAGGGUAGGGGUAGAAAAGUAGGUAGCAAUUAAACAAUAUCAGGGUGAGUCAAAGUCAAUUUCAAAUUUAAAAUCAAAAUAACCAACUUUCGUGCCUUAAGUUUGAAAUUCACUUUGAAUUCUCUUUUAAGAAUAUAACCCUUUAAGUGCUAUGAAUCUGGUAAUAAAGAAAACUAUUUGUUAAGACUAAUUGUAGUGGUUAUAGUUGACUUUUUUGUCAAACCGUUUUUGGUCAGUUUGGCCCCCAAAAAUGGUCUCCCCCCUCUUUUGGCACCCAAAAACCCACAGCCCUUACACUGGUAAACAUAUAGGGAGGGAUUUAAUUCCCUUAUUACCUGUCCACAUUUUUUACUGUAAUAAAUACAGGCUCUGGGGGCGGCCUAAUGUUGCUGUAAGUCAAGUUUGUUUUUCCUGGUCAAAUUUCCGCGUCAUCUGAGUAGCAGCAGUAGGGAUGGACUAUGGGUGCUGGGAGAGCUUUAGGUAAAACUGAUUAAAUUAUUUGACAAAAAAACAGAAUGACUGCACCCAAAAACUGCUUGUUUCACGCUCAUUGCUCUAAGCCAAGAUCAUUUAUUGGAAUCUGUUUAACUGUAGCAGGGCAUUGUUUUACCAAUGCAGGAUAAAUAAUGUAUUGAUAUAUUUGUUUUCUGAGGAAAAUAUAUGGAUCUAGUCACUAAAACUUGGGAUUACAGAUGCAGGGCAAAGGAAAUGCAAAUUAUAGGGCAAAAUAGACAAAUUGGGAACAUUCUCAAACUCAGAUAUUUCCACACAGGUAUUUUGACCUAAAAUUUGCAGUUGCUUUCUUAAUUUAUGCACUGUUAAGAAUUUGGCAUGUAACCCUUAAAGAGAAUGGACUUAUUUGUCGGCACAACAUAAAUUUUUUGUGUCAUUGAUAUCCCAUUGUAUGUACAGUGCUGUGGUAUAUGGUGGUGUUUUAUAAAUCAUAUUAUUGGCUGUAGAGUUUAGACUUAUUUUCCUUACUAUAGUUUCCAUCUGGCUCCAAAUGCGUCAUUUUUAUUUCUUCAGAAAUCCAAACAGAAUUAUUUGAUUUGCCACAUUUUCACUGCUCUCUUCACACGAGUAAAACACUGAAAAAUUGAGGAUACUUAAGCAUAUGACUGUUUUACAUGUUGGUAUUUGUUCUGUUAGUGUCAUUGUCACCCGGUGCCAUGCUUAUUAGUCUGUCACAUAAAGCACUCCAGGGUUUGGGCGGAUAACUGUGACACAGCCCAGAAUGGCAACUUUAUCCCUGGAGCUCUAAUUAGUCGCAGAACCUGUCAAACUGGGCAGGAAAACCUCUGACUUCUUUACAAAAAGUGAAUUCCUUCCAGUAAGGUCUCUAAUGAAACAAAAUCUUAUCGAUUGGUACAUUAAUCCCAUAUAAAACAAGGAUUCUAACAAGUCUUCAUUACAAUUACUCCGACUGUCCUGUCACAAUAUAAUGUAACAUGUGUGUGUAUAUAUAUAUAUAUAUAUAUAUAUAAAAAUCAAUAAAGGGAGCACACCAGGACUUCAGUAAAGUGCAAAAAGUAUUUACUGUAUCCAAAACAUGAUACAAAUUCUGUGUAGAGAGAAUCAACGUUUCGACCCUACCGGGGUCUUUAUCAAGAUCACAGUGAAAUGUGGUUAUGGUGGAUAAUAUAUACAUACAAAUAAAGUGUCGCUUACCAAUCAGAUAGUCGAGACCCCGAUCAGCUACAGACACCGGAAGUGAGAAGACCACGUGAACAGUGCAUAUCAUGUGACUGGGUUACUGAGUAAUCUGCGUGAUAAUGCUACAAACAGAAGAUCGGGUAGCCGGCGCCGCCGUGAUACCCGGAAGUGCUCCAGACCACGUGGGGGUGGUCAUGUGACAGAGAGUCAUGUGACAAGGUUGCUAAGCAACCAGUCUAACAAUGUCUAAUUCUUCCUUUUCUAACCGGAGAUCGAAGAAGCAGAUAGCGAGUACUACAUAUGGAGGACAGAGUCAAAUAAAAACCCCACUAUAAGGAUGAUCUAUAGGUGACAAAAAGUGCAAAGUGCAGAGGAUCAUAUGCAUGUGCAAAACAGUGAGAGGAAUAUAUAUAAACUACAAAGCAGAUCAAUCCCAGGUGGGGAAUAGAAAGUCACUAUUACAUAUACAGAAUUCUAAAUAUAUACAUAUAUACAUCAACAGUACAUUAUACUGUGUUAUAGUCUACCCCGUAGUAAAACAAUAUAUCUCUUAUAAGUUUACUGAUGUUUGGUCUAUUGAAAUCCAAGCAGGAGCUUAAAAUAUACUACACACGCUGUGUGUGUAUAAAGUCAGGACUCUGAGUCCUAAGUGUAUAUUACUGAGCUUUACUUCCUAUUUGUCAGACGGCACUGACCAAAUCUUAUCUACCUUUACUUUCCAUGGUGAAUCUAUUGUGGAAUAUAUGCAACAAAUGGAUAGAAAAGUAUACUCAAGAAAAGUAUACAAAAGAAUAAAUAUGUACAGGGAAAAUCCAGAUUCUACAGAAAAACUACGUAUUGUGUUGCUACCCUAGAUAUGUGAACAAGAGUGGGCAUCAACAAUAUAUAUUGUAUCAUGUUAAAGGAACAUUGAGAGAACUAAAUGUUCAUUAAGUCCCUUCGGGGUUACGGUAUUCAAGUGAUGUAUCCAGUAGGCUUCACGUUGGAGUAGCAACUUAGAUCUAUCACCUCCUCUAGGUGGUAUCGGUACAUGGUCAAUGGCUAUGAAUCUGAGAGUAGGCAGAUGGUGUUGUGCUGAUAAAAAAUGUUUCGCCACCGGUUUAUCCGUUUUUUGAUCUCUGUAGGCUGUGUUGAUUCCCGAGCGAUGUCCCCUAAUCCGAUCUCUUAAAGUCAUGUCGGUCUUCCCAACGUAGGCUAAGCCACACGGACAAGUAAUCAUGUACACUACAUAUGUUGUCAUACAUGAAAUAUAGUGCUUGAUGGGGAUGCGUUUACCACUGUGCGGAUGUACAAAUGUGGUUCCAGUGAGCAUAUGGCCACAUGUGACGCAGCCGCUACAUUUGUAGCAGCCUUUCUUUUGGAUUUUUGGCAUCUUGGCAUAGCAUACUCGAGGAUCAUUCUUAACCAAUAGAUCUCUCAGGUUCCGAUUUCUUUUAUAACUGAUGAUAGGAUUGACUUUAAAUUUGUCAGAAAGAUUUUGGUCCACCUGGAACAUAUUCCAAUGUUUACAAAUGCAUCUUUUGAGGAAGGGAGUUGCAGUGUUGAAUGUGAUGGGGAGGAAGAUAUUAUUCUUCUUCAUAGGGCUUAUAUUAUUACUUUGAUUGUAUUUCUUCCAAGCAUUUAUCAUAGCUUUUUCCAGGACUCGUGGAUGAAAGCCCCUUGUCAGGAAGCGAUCCCAAGCUUCCUGGAGCUGCUGAUCGCAGUUAACUGGAUUACUAUUAUACCUCAUAACCCGGAGGAAUUGUGAGAUAGGUAGUGAGUCCUUGACAUGCUGAGGAUGGAAGCUAGUUGCAGACAACAGUGUAUUCCGAUCUGUUGUUUUUCGAAAUAAAGUAAACCCUAAUUGAUUUUCAGUUUUAAAUAUCUUCACAUCCAAGAAUUCAAUGCUGUGCUCAUUCCAAUUCAGUGUUAACUUAACUGGUAUGGGUAAAGUGUUGAUCUGCUGAACCAUCUCUUGAAGUGUGGAUACAGUGCCUUCCCAGAUCACAAAAAUAUCGUCCACAAAUCUAGCAUAUUUAAGUAUAUAUGGCUGAUAUUGCUGUAGAAUGUACUUAGCUUCAAACCAGUACAUAAAGCCAUUGGCAUAGGCUGGUGCCAUGGCUGCGCCCAUGGCAGUACCUGAGGUUUGAAGGUAGAAGCCAUCUUCAAAUUUAAAAUAAUUACAUGAUAGUGCAAUAUCCAGCCAUUCCAUCAGAUAAGAGAUAUGUGGACCACUAUACGUGUCAUCAUUCGAUAGAAUCUCGGCGAUAGCUUCAAUUCCUUCUUUUUUCGGAAUUAUUGUGUAAAGACUUUGGACGUCCAUCGUAGCCAAGAUGAUCUCUUUGUUUGUAAGAUCAAUAUCUUGUAUCUGACUGAUAAAGUGUUGUGUGUCUUUCAGACAAGUUGGAAGUUUUCUCACGCUGUUAUUGAUAUAAUAAUCAAUAAAUUGAGCAAUCGGCUCAAUUAACCCACCUUUGGCUGAUACAAUUGGACGGCCAGGUGGAUGCACCAAGUCCUUGUGGAUCUUUGGUACUGUGUACAUGACCGGAUGUUUUGGGUAUUUAACGAACAAAAAUUUAGCAGUCCUUUCAUCAAGGUAACGAUGUAGCAGACCUUCACCUAUAAGUUUUUCAAUCUUUUUUUGGAAUUUUGCAACGGGGUCAAAGGUAAGUCUUGAAUAAGUAGCUGUAUCCUGUAAUUGUCGCAGGAUUUCUCCCCUAUAAUCCUCAUAGGUUUGUAUCACUAUAGCUCCGCCUUUAUCGGCAGGCCUAAUGAUGAUAGUAGGAUCCUGGAUUAAAUCCUUCAAUGCUGCAUGUUCUCCCUUGGUUAGGUUAUCCCUGUAAUGUGGUGGAGUAGUUACCAUGGGGUCGAUCUCGUGCCUUAUAACCUGCAUGAAAGUCCUAAUCGAGUGACUAGGUGUGUAGAUGUCUUUCUUAUACCGAUUAGGAAAAGUGUGUAUCGUGGUGAGACAUUCAUCCCUUUUGAUGUCAUGGCUGUAUAAAGUUCUUUGCAUUUUAUAUAAAUCAAUAGCCAUCUCAAACUUUCUAGGUUUGGCCACGGGUAUAAAUGUGAGGCCCUUUUGUAAAAGCGACAUAUGGUUAUGAUCCAGGAUCUUAUUAGAGAGAUUAAAAAUGGAUGUUACUUCCGUUGUCUGGGAGGUUUUCCCAUGGCUCCUAUAUUUCUUGUUACCCUUUUGUCCACGUCUAGGGCUUCUCUUUCGUCUCUUCGAUUUUGUUCGUUGGUCUUGGUUACUCGUGGCGGGUCGUUUACAUGUCUCCCAUCCUUUAAAAAAGGCACCUGUCUUUCCACUUGAAGGUCGGUCCUUUUUUCCCCAUCUGAGGCUGAUUCCCCCGAGCUUAUAUCCACUGUUUGUAAGGCAGGUUUUCUGAUGCGUGUCCUAAAUCUAGGAGUAGGAUUCCGUGUAUUAGAGUCUGACCCGUUUAACCAGCGGUAGACCUGAUGAAACUUGUAAUCGUGGUUCACCUUUUCAACUUUUACUUUUUUAAAACGAAUCAGUUCAUUUUGAUAUUUCUGAAUAUCGUCUUGUAGUUUAAGCAUAAAUUCAGUAGGUGGCAUAGUCUGCAAUGCUGUGACGUGAGUCAAUUCAAAUUCCUGUAUUGAUUUCUUCACUUGAAGCAAUUCUAUUCCAACUUCUUCAAUCACUAUUACCAUCCAAUCAAGAGAGCAUUUAUUCGAUAUAUUCAUCCAUUUCUUACAGAAGUUGGGAUUCUGUCUCCCUAUAGUUGGAGCGUUCUUUAUCCGAAAACCUCUUGGAAUGCGUUUGGAUCUGUAAUAAUCUGACAAAAAGACCCCAUGUAGGUCCAAAUCCACCUCUCUCUUUUUUAAUCUCGAUAGGUCAUUGUAUAGGUCUUUUGCCGUGUGUAUGUGAGGUAAGUCUUGGGAGCUACGUGGCCACAAUACCAAUUGUGCUUGCUCAUCCGUAAUAGAUAAAGUUUCUGCUGUUUCUGAUAAUGCUCCAGCCUGGUGUAAAAAAUCCUCCAUAUUAGAUGGAUCCUGAUGGUGGUGAAAAUCACUGUUUAGGUGAUAAGCGGUUUGUUACAUAUGGGGGUGCUCUCGCAAGUGCCACGCUAGCACUUUGCAUAUGAAUACAAAAAAUGAAUGGGCAAGGCACUCCACCCAAAAAUCCUUCUAGUAAAGGCUCAAAUGCCUGGGUGCAAUCCCGCGUUCCAAUAUAUAUAAAAAUCAAUAAAGGGAGCACACCAGGACUUCAGUAAAGUGCAAAAAGUAUUUACUGUAUCCAAAACAUGAUACAAAUUCUGUGUAGAGAGAAUCAACGUUUCGACCCUACCGGGGUCUUUAUCAAGAUCACAGUGAAAUGUGGUUAUGGUGGAUAAUAUAUACAUACAAAUAAAGUGUCGCUUACCAAUCAGAUAGUUGAGACCCCGAUCAGCUACAGACACCGGAAGUGAGAAGACCACGUGAACAGUGCAUAUCAUGUGACUGGGUUACUGAGUAAUCUGCGUGAUAAUACUACAAACAGAAGAUCGGGUAGCCGGCGCCGCCGUGAUACCCGGAAGUGCUCCAGACCACGUGGGGGUGGUCAUGUGACAGAGAGUCAUGUGACAAGGUUGCUAAGCAACCAGUCUAACAAUGUCUAAUUCUUCCUUUUCUAACCGGAGAUCGAAGAAGCAGAUAGCGAGUACUACAUAUGGAGGACAGAGUCAAAUAAAAACCCCACUAUAAGGAUGAUCUAUAGGUGACAAAAAGUGCAAAGUGCAGAGGAUCAUAUGCAUGUGCAAAACAGUGAGAGGAAUAUAUAUAAACUACAAAGCAGAUCAAUCCCAGGUGAUAUAUAUAUAUAUCUUACUUUGUACUUAAGGGUAAGUAGAUAAUACUUUUUAUUUUAUUAUAUUUAUACUCAAUCCAUAUAAAAGAUAAAAUGAGACAAAAAAAAAUAUAAGAUUUCAGAUUAUGCCAAUAUACAUAAUAAAAGGAGAGUCACGGGACUGAGGGAUUUUAUAAUAUAAAACAUAGUAAAAUAACGUAUCCCACACAGAAAGAUACAGUAAUAAACUUUAAAGGAAAAAAAGAUAUAUAAAAGAUUGCCAGCAGAAACAGACAGAACUGUUGAUGCCUGACUGAGUAACUGCAGUGGCGCUCCACCCCUUGUCGAAUAUAUAUGUUCUACAUAAGGCAAGAAAUGGUUAGGGGUCGGUUGAACAAAAGGGGUUAUUACUCUAGGAGACACUGUACCCGUGAAAUGGUGAGAUUCAUCAUAUUAAUAAAAUAGUAGUAAGCUGUAACAACAGCGCUAUAAAUAAGAAAGUGACAUAAAGACAUAACCAAGUUCAGGUAGCAAUAAACAGAAAAUUGACUAAAUUUUAUAAUAGGGAGCGUGAUGUUUGGCAAAUGUUUAAGUAAAGUUCCAUUUCAAUUGCCAAGGUAAUUUACCCACAAUCCUUCAGUCAAAAUAAUUCCACAGAAGGCAAACUGCUGGUAUCAUAGCAAGAGGAGAACAAAAUGGCUGCGCCCAGGUACUGAGAUAUGGCACAAAUAAGAAAAUAAAUAAAUAUAUAUAUAUAUAUAUUUAACUAAAUAAACAGAAGUGGCAAUGGGGGAGUGUAAUCGUUAAGAUACAGGGGGUGAAAGGAAAGGUACACUGUAAGAAAUAAAUGUCAGCGCUGCUUUAUUCCACGCGUACCGAGCCACCCGGUAUUGAAAGAGUGCACAACCAGUUCAGGGAUUCUAUUCACGGAACAGUAAGCUGUAGUGAAUUGAAAACAGAAUUGCAAAAUGUAGACAAAAAGUGUUGAACCCAGAAAUAUUCUGCAAUUCAGCUAUAAUCACAGCUUGAAUAUUUUAGCCUAAAUUAUGGAUUGACUGAGAUUGUUGGUUUUCAGUUUAUUACAAUCAGCUGUUUAGUGAAUAACUGGAAGGAAUUCUCAAUGAAAAUGUAUUCUAUUUAUAGCGCACAUUGCUCUUUGGACUCUUUUACCAACACCUAAAAUGUUAAUUUUCCAGAUGGAGGCUGAAGAUCUGUCCGCAGCAAGAUUGCCAAUUGUGAACAUGAAAGAUUUGCCGCCGAAUUACCAUAACGAAUCUAUAACAGACACUAAAAUUGGAAAUAAAACCGUUCACACUGAGCAGCAAAUUCUAAAGGUACGAGGGGUUCUGGGAUAGGACAGUUUGAGGGCAAACCAUAUCUGAGAGCAGGAGGGAGGUAUUUCUAACAAUGGUAGUUAUAUAGAAAAUGUGGAGUAAUUACCAUAGAAGCCAGAGAAAUGUUGCUGUAUGUAGCUGCGCUCACCACCUAAAACAAACAGGCCCCUCAUUCGCCGCUAUAGCGUUUUGCUUUAUUAACCCCUUCGUACCAGUGGACAUACAUUGCACAUAGCCUCAGUCAUAAACUCUCAUUAGCUUUAAUGUAUUUAACCUACACUCUUCACAGAUAUGUCUAAAUAUUUUUUUGCAUGUAUUUUGUUUUGCACUGCAAAAUCUGCAUAUAUUAAUAUUAUGUAUUGGCUCUAAUGUAUUACAUAUCAGCAGGUAUUAGUAACUGUUCUUUAUUAUCACUUUAUAGUACCUGAGUGACACAUGCCAAAAAUGAUCACUUUAAUUUGCAAGAUUAUUCGCAAAAAUGUAUGAAUUUGGUCCAAAUUGACAAAUAGUAACUGAAUUUCAAACGGAUUUGCGCUUCUCAUAUUUAUUUAAGAAACAUGUAAUUUGCAACCAUCCGCUGUCUGCCUUAAAAUCAAUAAGGCCUCGAUUUAAUGUUUUCGGAUACGCUUUUCAAAUUAUUCAAAUCCUGUUAGAAUAACUUUUCAAAUGAUUUAUCUAUAAAAAAAGAAAAUCCCAUAGACCUUAAAGGGACACUAUAGUCACCAGAACCAUUGCAGCUUAAAGGGACACUGUAGGUACCCAGACCACUUCAGCUCAUUGAAGUGGUCUGGGUGCUUUGUCCCUUUUGCCCUUAGUGCUGCAAUGUUAAACAUAGCAGCUCCAGAGAUACUUCAAUGUUUACAUUGCAGCUCUAAGUCUGCCCUCAGUGACUGUCUACUAGACAGCUACUAGAGGGCUUCCUGAAUUGAAACGGACCUUUGGUCCGGUACCUGACGCUGGACAUCCUCAUGCUCUGCAUGAAGACCUUCAGUGUCAGAUUUUCCCCCAUAGGAAGCAUUGAUUCAAUGCUUUCUUAUUGGAAGGUCUAAUGCCCACACAGCAUUUGCCGCGCAUUCGCAUUAACGCCCACUCGUCACGGGACGUUGGAGGGGGCAGAACUUUGACCAAACACAGAGGGACAUUGCCGCUGGGAUCAGGGAAGCAAAUAAAGGGAUUUAACCCUUUAUUUAAGGGUGAAGAGGGGAGUGAGGGAGGGGAGAGGCAGGGGGAGCGAUCGUGCCAGGAAUACAGCUUUGUAUUCCUGGCACUAUAGUAUCCCUUUUAAUGUGGGAGAAAAGGUAAGCUUAAUACCUUUUCAGAGUGAUCUGAGGGGGCCAGGAAAUGAAACAGUUAGUUUAACACUAAGCGUUGGGAAUACAUGUUUGUGUUUCUGACACUAUAGUGUCCCCUUAAAGGACCACUAUAGUGCCAGGAAAACAUACUCGUUUUCCUGGCACUAUAGUGCCCUGAGGGUGCCCCCACCAUCAGGGUCCCCCUCCCGCCGGGCUCUGGGGAGAGAAAAGGGUUAAAUCUUACCUUUUUUCCAGCGCCAGGCGGGGAGCUCUCCUCCUCCUCUCCGAUCCUCCUCUUCGGCUGAAUGCGCAUGCGCGGCAGGAGCUGCGCGCGCAUUCAGUCAGUCUCAUAGGAAAGCAUUUAUAAUGCUUUCCUAUGGACGGCAGCUUCUUCUCACUGUGAUUUUCACAGUAAGAAGCACGCAAACGCCUCUAGCGGCUGUCUCUGAAACUGCUAUGUUUAUAAAAAAAAGGGUUAAUCCUAGAGGGACCUGGCACCCAGACCACUUCAUUAAGCUGAAGUGGUCUGGGUGCCUAGAGAGGUCCUUUAAUGGUGUCUUUGUAGUCAAAUCAUUUAAAAAACUUUUCCAACAGAUUGUGAUAAUUUGGAAAGCGUAUCCAAAAGAAUUAAAUCAAGAUCCAAUUCUCAUCUUUGCAAAUACUCUAUUCUUUGGAUGUACAUUAAAUACACGUUAUUCUGUGACAUGAAACACUUGUCUUGUCUCACUUUUUUUCUGCAGGCAACAGACAACCAAACAGGAUCCACUUUCUAUGCAGAGUCUAUAUUUUCAUCAGUGAGAAACAAAAAGAAUUACGUAAGUCUCUUCAUUACUGUAUGAGAUGUCGCUAUAAGGUGCCAAAAUCAAUUUUAUAUACACGCCCAAAGAAUAUACGCAGAACUAAAUGCAUUAAUAUUUUAGUGAUUCUUGGUAAACAAAUAAAAUGAAAGUGCCUCUUUAAAAGGUUGGCUGAAACUUGAUGUGUUUUACUGAAGAAUAUACCAGUACAUACACUAUAUGGUAAAAAGUAUUGGGACGCACAUCAAUUAUUGAAUUUAGGUGUUACAAUCAGACCCAUUUCCCUCCCUCGCACCACCCCUGCCCCCACUUCCCCUUGUGGUGCAGAAGGGGUUAGAACCCCUUCUGUCACCUACUUGGGUCCAGUGCCGAUGUCCCUUGGUGCUGGUAUGGGUCUUCUGCUGGUAUGGGCCUUAUCUCCUCCCUUGACUCGCCAACAGCCGGCUGGGGAGACCUAAUGCGCAUGCGCAACAAUGCUGGCGCUCUCAUUAGGAUUUCCCCGUAGGAAACCAUUAUUCUAUGGGGUUUUGGGUGAUGCUGGAUGUCCCCAGACAUAGCAUGAGGACGUACAGCGUCAGUUAAGCGACCAAAAGUCGCCUAAAAGCUCGGAAGUACCUUUAGUUGUAGUCGGGUAGACAGCCAUUAGAGGUGGAGUUAACCCUAGCAGGUAAUUAUUGCAGUUCAUUAAAAAUUGCAAUAAUUACCUUUGCAAGGUUAAGGGACCUGGGACACUGCACCCAGGCCAUUUCAAUGAGCUAAAGUGGUCUGGAUGCCUAUAGUGUCCCUUUAAUGAGGAUUGUGUGGGAUCCCUGUUCAUUCGUUUGCGGUAGCAGAGCCGCAUAAGAUUCUCUCUGUGUAUGUUGGACCCGUAGAGAUAUUAUUGUACUGAUCUCACUUAUUGAUCCCUUCUGGUUAUAAGGUGGUCCUUCUGACCCCCCCUUUCUCAGUGUUUCAUUGAAGAUAAACGACGUUCCCAGAAGAUAAACUUUGCUCUUGUUCGACCAGCUGUUCUUAUAUAUGAAGGGUUUGAAGAAUUGAAAAUUAGCUGAUUUUGCCAUUAUUUAUUUAUAUUAAUUGAUUAAGUGUACAUAGGACACUGUACAAGUCAUUGAAUAUACAUUUUAUAUUCAAUUAAUGUUUUCUUAUGAAAUCUCAUUUUUUAUUAAGAAUGUGGAGAGUUAGACAUGGAUGACAUCAAUCAUACAGUGAAUAUGAUGGGUCCUCUGAUGGCAUUAUCAAAGCAUCAGGCACUUCUGGUUCAGUAAGAUCUGACAAUCUAUCCUUUGAUUACCUCGGCUAUAGACUAGUAGCAUUCAUGUUCAGUUAAUUAUUUUAAUGGUCUCAGAUCUCGACGGAAGUAUGUUGCUUAAAUUAUGUUUUCACACAAUGAAUUCAUGAAUAAUAUUACUAAUAAUAAUUAUAACAAGCAAAGCAUGGGGGGCUGAGUGUGGAAGAUGUAAAAUGACAAAACAUGGAGUCACUGGCUGAGUGCUCUAUACUGGGACAUGCGACAUGGUCACGUACUUAUAUAGAUAAGUCAGAAGAGGACAUUUCACUUACACUUACUCUAGAUAGACACACGAAUUGUCUCUCUGACACUGGACUGCUAAUAGCAGGAAAGGUGUGUGUGACAGUUUGCAGGGAACCUCAUUGCUUCUCUUAGGGGGUGAUUGCAAUGUCCAGAUAUUAUCUGUGAGUAAAGAUGAGUGUGACAAUUCUUUCAUUUCUGAGUCCAGUAAAUAGGAUUAUUUAUUUUUACCCCUUCAGGAACAAGGCUUUUGUUUGAGAUCCGACGUCUUUUUAUGGAGAAAUAGGGCUUUCUUUUAACCCCUUAAGGACACAACGUCUGGAAUAAAAAGGAAUCAUGACGGAAUAUUUCCGUUAUGUGUCCUUAAGGGGUUAAUAACCUAUAUGUAUACAUUAUGCAAUAUUAAAUAUUAUUAAAACUUUACAAAAAUUUUUAAAAAACUAUUUUUUUUUCUCAUGUUUUAUCUAAUAAUUUCUACACACCAAAACCCUGGCACAAAAUAGAUUCACUAAUUAGCCCUGAUUGUUAAAAUGCCCAAUGUGUCUAGGAUUUCAAAUAAUUUUUUUAGAAUUUAGAAAAUAAAUAUUGCCUGGUUGGAAUUACGGUUUUAAAGUUAUAACUUUUCAGAAUUCGGCAAGCUGAGAUACCUUGCCCUAGGAAUCUGCCAAACCCUGAAUGGACUAAAAAACAUUUUUAUUCACAAUCCAAGCUGGCAGAUAUUUCAGAAAAUGUACAAUAAAAACAUAUAUAAAAAAAAAAAUUCAAAUAACGCUUUUACCAUUUUUAAAACCUGCUCGAUGAGCGAAGAUACACAUUGCCAUAUUGUGUUUUUUUGUAACGCUGCGUUUAAAUGUCUUGAUGACUCACACUGUGUCUCAGACAUGCCAGCUUAAUGUCUGCCUCAUAUUAGCAGACAGAUGUUGAAAUAAUUAAUACAUUAAGUGCAUGCAGACGUGUCCUUACGUAAGUGCAAAUAUGCUCUUUACAACCUCAGACACAUCUAUCUCUGUGCUCCAGGACCGCGUCACUGUAACCUGGACUCGGGUGACUCAGCCGCAAUCGUUCUGUUUUUCGAGCUUUCUACAUUUUGCUUGUUAACAUUUUUGUUGAUAACUAUUGCAUUCUCUCAUCGUCUACCCUUGAUUGCUUUUGUAUUUGUUCUGAAUUUUCAUGUAGUGGUCCCAUGAAAAUGUACGGAUCAGCCUUUUCUCCUCCCUCGCCUCGCCAUCAGCUGGCUGGGGAGACCUAAUGAGCAUGCGCAACAAUGAAAGCGCUCUCAUUAGCUGGCCGCUAGUAUGUUUCUUGACAGUUCCAUGUUGCGAGGAUGUGAUGGUUUAGUGUCUGCCCUGCGGUAUUUUUUAAAACGUGCAAUAAUUUGUUCUGAGCGAUUCUUGGUAAUUGUCUAGUGAAUUGGUUCCAAAUCAUUUUACCUGCAGUUUUAGGUGUGAAGUCUACAGAUGAGAGCAAUUCAGAAUCCAUUAACGGGAAUUUUAUUUGGACUUACCAACUCAAACUAAUUUUUGCACAAGUCUAGUAUUCAUAGCACCCAGAGCAGGUUCAUUUCAUGGUGAUGCUACUUUUACCUUUUACGAUUCCCAGGUCAAUAUAACAAGCUCCAUUUAGUUAGGUAAUAAUCUCAGUUAUCACAGAAGAUUAUUUGUGGUGUUUGCUAUGCUAACUGGAAUUUAAAAAAAUAUAUAUAAAAAUCUAUUUAUAUCAGAUAAUGAUUUGGGUAGAAUUGUGGCGUGGAAGGGGUUAAGGAUAGCUAACCUUUUAUAUUUCCCUACAUUUGCACACUGCAGAGCAAGACAAGACAUUAUAUCUGCUUUUAUCACAAUAAAAGAUAAACACGUGGAGUCGGUGCGUAAUGGCAGAAAUAUCACGAGAUGUAGUGCUUGCCAGGGACAGAUGGAUCACGGCAGCUUAUAUUAGGAAUGGUCUGAGUUUGUUUGUUUGUAAUGGCCACAUACCAUAUAAGCCACAUAUUGGCUUUGUGAAUGCUUCCUUGUCUGCUCUGUGCGGAGUGAGCAAUCGCAAUACUUAGAAUGUAAUGCUCUUAUCUCUCCAGACCCUGUUUAUAUCAGGAAAUGAAAAAGAUAUCACAGCCAGUAUCCACAGCAAGCAAAUAAAGGCAAUAUUUUAUUAACAAUCCUGGCUGGUCACAACCUAGAUCCAGUAACUGGUGCAUCAUGGGCGUUGUAGUUCUACAACGGAUGGGCAUCCGCCUCUUGGGCACUCCUGAAUAAGCUCUGACUGUUUGGGAGACACGGUUUAAUCCAGAAAGUUAUAAAUACACAUUUUCCAGUCCAGGCAGAGUUUGAUUUAACACAUCUGUCCUCUCUUUCAUUUUUUUGUUUAAUUUUUAGAAAAAAACUAGGUCAAUUAGGUGGGAAUUGCAAUUUGUGACAAUUAACCUGCAGUAUUUUUCAAACAAAUUGUGACAUUAUAUUUCCUCUGUUCUGUACUGCAUAGCCAACAUAUUUCUAUUUCCUUCAUAUUACAUUUCUGACGUUUGUUUCCUCAAGAAAAAUAUGAAAAAAUCCUCUGUAUUCAGUAUUAACCCGACAUCCCAUUAACCUGGCAUCUAUUAACCGGGUACCAAUUAACUUGGCAUCUAUUAACCCUGUACCCAAUACUUGGCAUCCCUCUAAUCUAGUACCCAUUAACCUGGCAUCUAUUAACCUGGUACCCAUUACCUGGCAUCCCUCUAAUCUAGUACCCAUUAACCUGGCAUCUAUUAACCCAGUACCCAUUACCUGGCAUCCCUCUAAUCUAGUACCCAUUAACCUGGGAUCUAUUAUCCCGGUACCCGUUACCUGGCAUCCCUCUAAUCUAGUACCCAUUAACUGGGCAUCUAUUAACCCGGGACCCAUUACCUGGCAUCCCUCUAAUCUAGUACGCAUUAACCUGGCAUCUAUUAACCUGACACCCAAUACCUGGCAUCCCUCUAAUCUAGUACCCAUUAACCUGGCAUCUAUUAACCCGGUACCCAUUACCUGGCAUCUCUCUAAUCUAGUACCCAAGAACUUGGCAUCUAUUAACCCAGUACCCAAUACCUGGCAUCCCUCUAAUCUAGUACCCAUUAACCUGGCAUCUAUUAACCCGGUACCCAUUUCCUGGCAUCCCUCUAAUCUAGUACCCAUUAACCUGGCAUCUAUUAACCCGGUACCCAUUACCUGGCAUCCCUCUAAUCUAGUACCCAUUAACCUGGGAUCUAUUAACCCGGUACCCAUUACCUGGCAUCCCUCUAAUCUAGUACCCAUUAACCGGGCAUCUAUUAACCCGGGACCCAUUAACCUGGCAUCUAUUAACCUGACACCCAAUACCUGGCAUCCCUCUAAUCUAGUACCCAUUAACCUGGCAUCUAUUAACCCGGUACCCAUUACCUGGCAUCUCUCUAAUCUAGUACCCAUUAACUUGGCAUCUAUUAACCUGACAUCCCAUUAACCUGGCAUCUAUUAACCCGGUACCCAUUACCUGGCAUCCCUCUAAUCUAGUACCCAUUAACAUGGCAUCUAUUAACCCGGUACCCAUUACCUGGCAUCCCUCUAAUCUAGUACCCAUUAAAUUGGCAUCUAUUAACCCGGUACCCAUUACCUGGCAUCCCUCUAAUCUAGUACCCAGUCACUUGGCAUCUAUUAACCCGGUACCCAAUACCUGGCAUCCCUCUAAUCCAGUACCCAUUAACCUGACAUCUAUUAACCCAAUACCCAUUACCUGGCAUCCUUCUAAUCUAGUACCCAUUAACCUGGCAUCUAUUAACCCGGUACCCAUUACCUGGCAUCCCUCUAAUCUAGUACCCAUCUAUUAACCCGGUACCCAUUACCUGGCAUCCUUCUACUCUAGUACCCAUUAACCUGGCAUCUAUUAACCCGGUACCCAUUACCUGGCAUCCCUCUAAUCUAGUACCCAUUAACUUGGCAUCUAUUAACCUGGUACCUAUUACAUGGCAUCCCUCUAAUCUAGUACCCAUUAACUUGGCAUCUAUUAACCCAGUACCCAAUACCUGGCAUCCCUCUAAUCUAGUACCCAUUAACCUGGCAUCUAUUAACCCGGUACCCAUUUCCUGGCAUCCCUCUAAUCUAGUACCCAUUAACUUGGCAUCUAUUAACCCGGUACCCAUUACCUGGCAUCCCUCUAAUCUAGUACCUGUUAACUUGGCAUCUAUUAACAUAGAAACAUAGAAACAUAGAAACAUAGAAUGUGACGGCAGAUAAGAAUCAUUCGGCCCAUCUAGUCUGCCCAAUUUUCUAAAUACUUUCAUUAGUCCCUAGCCUUAUCUUAUAGUUAGGAUAGCCUUAUGCCUAUCCCACGCAUGCUUAAACUCCUUUACUGUGUUAACCUCUACCACUUCAGCUGGAAGGCUAUUCCAUGCAUCCACUACCCUCUCAGUAAGUAAUACUUCCUGAUAUUAUUUUUAAACCUUUGUCCCUCUAAUUUAAGAUUAUGUCCUCUUGUUGUGGUAGUUUUUCUUCUUUUAAAUAUAGUCUCCUCCUUUACUGUGUUGAUUCCUUUAUAUAUUUAAAUGUUUCUAUCAUAUCCCCCCUGUCUCGUCUUUCCUCCAAGCUAUACAUGUUAAGAUCCUUUUAACCUUUCCUGGUAAGUUUUAUCCCGCAAUCCAUGAACCAGUUUAGUAGCCCUUCUCUGAACCCUCUCUAAGGUAUCAAUAUCCUUCUGAAGAUACGGUCUCCAGUACUGUGUACAAUACUCCAAGUGAGGUCUCACCGGUGUUCUGUAUAAUGGCAUGAGCACUUCCCUCUUUCUACUGCUAAUACCUCUCCCUAUACAACCAAGCAUUCAGCUAGCAUUUCCUGCUGCUCUAUUACAUUGUCUGCCUACCUUUAAGUCAUCAGAAAUAAUCACCCCUAAAUCCCUUUCCUCAUAUGUUGAGGUUAGAACUCUAUCAAAUAUUCUGUACUCUGCCCUUGGGUUUUUACGUCCAAGAUGCAUUAUCUUGCACUUAUCCACAUUAAAUGUCAGUUGCCACAAUUCUGACCAUUUUUCUAGUUUACCUAAAUCAUUUGCCAUUUGGCUUAUCCCUCCUGGAACAUCAACCCUGUUACAUAUCUUAGUAUCAUCAGCAAAAAGACAUACCUUACCAUCAAGACCUUCUGCAAUAUCACUAAUAAAAAUAUUAAAGAGAAUGGGUCCAAGUACAGAUCCCUGAGGUACCCCACUGGUGACAAGUCCAAGCUUCGAAUAUAUUCCAUUAACUACAACCCUCUGUUGCCUGUCACUCAGCCACUGCCUUACCCAUUCAACAAUAUUGGAAUCCAAACUUAAAGAUUGCAGUUUAUUGAUAAGCCUUCUAUGUGCAACAGUGUCAAAAGCCUUACUGAAAUCUAGGUAAGCAAUGUCUACUGCACCACCCUGAUCUAUAAUUUUAGUUACCCAAUCAAAAAAUCAAUAAGAUUAGUUUGGCAUGAUCUCCCUGAAGUAAACCCAUGUUGUCUCUGAUCUUGAAAUCCAUGUGUUUUUAGAUGUUCAUCAAUCCUAUCCUUUAACAUGGUUUCCAUCACUUUCCCCACUACUGAAGUAAGGCUUACUGGCCUAUAGUUGCCCGACUCCUCCCUAUUACCUUUCUUGUAAAUGGGCACAACAUUCGCUAACUUCCAAUCUUCUGGGACUACUCCUGUUAACAAUGAUUGGUUAAAUAAAUCUGUUAAUGGUUUUGCUAGUACACCACUAAGCUCUUUUAAUAGCUUUGGGUGUAUUCCAUCAGGUCCCAUUGACUUAUUUGUCUUUACUUUUGACUGUUGAAAUAGAACCUCUUCCUCUGUAAACUCACGUGUAAUAAAUGACUCAUUUAUCCUUUUUCUCAACUGAGGUCCCUUUCCUUCAUUUUCUUCUGUAAAUACAGAACAAAAAUAUUCAUUGAGGCAGUCAGCCUGACCUUUAUCCUCUUCUACAUACCUUCCUUCUUUUGUUUUUAAUCUAACUAAUCCUUGUUUUACUUUUCUUUUCUCAUUUAUGUAUCUAAAAAAUGUUUUAUCCCCCUUUUUUACUGACUGUGCUAUUUUCUCUUCUGUGUGUGAUUUGGAAGCUCUUAUAACUUGCUUAGCCUCUUUCUGCCUAAUCUUAUAGAUCAUUUUGUCUUCCUCACUCUGGGUUUUUUUAUAAUUCCUAAAUGCUAACUUUUUGUUUUUAACUAUUUUGGCCACAUCUGCGGAGUACCACAGUGGUUUCUUGAAUUUUUUGCUUUUACUGACAAGCCUAAUGCAAUUUUCUGUUGCCUUCAAUAGUGCAACUUUUAAAUAAUCCCAUUUCUCUUGGACUCCAUUUAAAUUGCUCCAGUCUGAUAAUGACUCCUCUACCCAUAUUCUAAUUUUAGAAAAGUCUGUUUUUCUAAAGUCUAAAACUUUUGUUUUUGUGUGGUGUGACUCAGUCACUGUUCUUAUAUUAAACCACACUGACUGAUGAUCACUGGAUCCUAAACUUUCACCUACAGUAAUAUCUGAUACCAAAUCUCCAUUUGUUAACACUAAAUCUAGUAUGGCCUCUUUACGAGUUGGCUCCUCAACAACUUGUUUUAGAGACAAUCCCAGUAGGGAGUUUAGAAUAUGUGUGCUCCUGGCACAAGUAGCUAAUUUUGUUUUCCAAUUUACAUCAGGAAGAUUAAAGUCACCCAUGAUGAUAACUUCCCCCUUCAUUGUCAUUUUAGCUAUUUCCUCAACUAGUAGAUUAUCUAACUCUUCAAUUUGUCCUGGGGGCCUAUAAAUCACACCUACACGAGUUACUGUGUGAUUACCAAAUUCUAACGUAGCCCAAACGGACUCUAUGUUUGCCUCACUAACUUUUAUUAGGCUAGAUUUUAUGCUAUCCUUCACAUACAAGGCCACCCCUCCCCCUUUCUUGCCUUCCCUAUCUUUCCUAUAUAAAGAGUACCCUGAUAUUGCUAUGUCCCAGUCAUUUUUCUCAUUGUACCAUGUCUAACCUGACAUCCCAUUGACCUGGCAUCCCUUUAAUCUAGUACUCAUUAGCCAGCCAUCUCAUUAACCCAGCAUACAUUAGUCUGGCAUCUCAUUAAUCUGGUACCCAGUAUACUGGCACCCAUUAACCUGGCAACCCACUAACUUCUUACCUAUUAACCUGGCACCUAUUAACCAGCUACCCCUGACUUAGGCCCAGGCAACCUGUUGGUGAAUACGGAAUUUUAAACACACAUUACAGCUUAAUGCACUGUUAGAAAAUGUGCAUUAUAUGAGCUAUAUUGAUUAUUUUGUGGGUAAAAACCAAUGACUUUGAGUUUAUCGCGCUACCGACACUAUAAUAAUAAAGCACAUUACCAAAUAUACACCCAAUCCAGUGCGACAGUAAGAGAGCAAUUACGUGCGCAUGCUCUCCUAACAUCAUGGUACGUGUGGAUAUGAGAGCCAGGAAGUAACAGUCUUGGCUAUCUAAUUCAGAGGGCUUGGAGGGGUGGCUUGAAACUGUGAUCCCAAGUCUUCAAAUUAUUAAAAUCUAGGAAUUUAAAAUCUAGGACACAUUGUAACUACGGAAGGCACUCUAGCAAUUUCAGUUAGAUGAAGUUGUUAUAGUAAGUACUGUGAUCUUUUAAGGAUAUUCAGUUAACCAUUCAACAACCGCAGGCUAAUGCUAAAGAAGUUCCAAGUUUUACUUUAACGCUUUGAGAGAUUUCACUUUGAGGAAGAACCCUGCAAUAUCUCCCUUUGUAAAAUCUGAUGGCCCCUUAGUAAAUUUCUCCCAGUUUCUAGUUCCAUACGUGAUGAUCUGACAUAACUAACUCGUGUCGCGUGCAGUGUUCCUGUAUUGGUAUAAAGAGUUAACCAGGCUCCGAGACCAUAGCAAAUAGGCCGCUGUUCAGAUGAGAUAUUAGAUUGUGUUUCUAUGGGCAUGGUGCAGUGAUAAGCAGGAAAUAUCAAUAAAGCUUAAUUUCUCCACCAGCCUCUGUACAGUUUGUGCUCGGCAAUUAGAGGAAGAAUCGGAAAUAUAAACAAUCAUUUCUUUCUAAUUAGAUCCAACAUGGCAUUACAGAUACGCAGGACAGUUGCAGGCGCUGGAUGUUUGGCGAGACAUUGGAUUUGUAAAGACAAACAGCAAUAUAUUAAAAAAUAUUGAUCUUGGAGUUAUUGAGAAUGAUAUUUUUGUGUCUGAAUAAGCUCUGUGAAGUUAUCUCUAUGAUCUGGACUGCCCAUAUGGGUCGGACCAGUCUGAUAUGUUUCAGAGAUGUUCUCUCUGUAAUGGCACAAGAUGAGCAAAAAUCAGCUUGAGAACUGAGCGGGGACCAACCGAAGGGCAGGCUAUUUCAGCUGCUGCCUGUUCUCAGUAUUCUCUUGCGACCCAUUUUUGAAUAUCUAUGAACUGUUUAAAAAAAGGAAUCAUUGACGUGACAGUAAACAUUAACUUAAUAGUAAAAUUGCAAGUGCUUAAAUAAAGUAGGAAAUUCUUUAAGUGUUUGUAUCAUUUGUGCAUAUUUUUUGUCAACUUUCAUUAAUCAAUAGAGUAGGAAACAUCUGCCUUAACCAAGCAUAGACAUAAUUCUUCCAUUUAAUGGACAGUUUAAAGUGUCAAAGUACCAUAACCUGCACCUGUAGGGAAGGUUUAUGGGUUAAGAUCAGACCCCUAGACAAGAAAUAGGCUUCUGAUUGGUUGAGUCUCUUCCUGGUCUGUGAGGAAGUCUGUGCGGCACUUGACUUUGCCCAUUGUGUCCCUUUAAUCUUAGGCUGUCAUGUGACAGAAGUUAUAGGAGCAGGCUUUGCUGCUAUAGCAACAGAGUGAAAUGAAUGUAUAAAACUACUGAACCCAGAAUCCUGUUUCUUAUUGCUUUGAACUUUGAAAACUGCUUGGCUGAAAUAGCAGGUUUAAUGUAUUUGUUGUUGGUUUGCUGAUUCAGUGGAAAUUUAACAGGAUCCUUUUAAAUCCCCCAGAUAAUUCAACGCCCAAAACAGUAAAUUGUGGUAAACUGAACACUGAUUUUCAAAAGGUUACGACAGAAUAGCUACGCUGGAGUUAAAGAUAAUUUUAAAGAAAAUGUUUUAUGGAAAAAAAACACACAAAUUGAUUAAACGGUUUGAGUUAAAUUUAAGUUCAGACUAAUUAUUCUACAGCAUAUAAACCAGGCUUCCCCAAACUCCGGCCCUCCAGAUAUUGCUGAACUACCACUCCCGUUAUUCUAUGAAUGAAAUAGAUAGGCUUAGAAUCUUGGGAGUUGUAGUUCAACAACAUUUGGAGGGCCGGAGUUUGGGGAAGCCUGAUAUAAAUGGUUGACUUCAAGAAAUCAACUCAGUUAUGUGGGUGUAUUUGAAUAACUUUGCCUUUAUUAUUUUCCUAAAGGAAUUGUAGUAAUUAUUAUAGAUGUUACUAAUCAAGUAGUUACACAUGCUGCAAGCGAAAUGUAUAUAUUUCUGAUUGUGUUUUGCAGCACGGAGAUAUUAGAUAAUUAAUGUAUUUUAUUUAUGUAAUUUUAUUUUUUUAGGACUGUAUUGUCGAUGACGACUGUCAGAAUAGGACUUACUGUCAUUUCGAAAAAUCUCAAUAUAAAUGUCUUCCAUGCAGAAAUGAAGGCACAGUAAGUAUUAGAGUCCUGAGCGGAAACAGCUCAUUAUAUCAGGAGUUUACCUACUUUAUCACAGGUUUAUUGUGCAGAGAGUUUUGUUUGCAUUAUCCUUAAAUCAGUGGAACGCCAAUCUAAACCUAAAAGAAAGAAGCAAGACUUGUAUUUUUACUUAAAGGGCAAAAAAAAAAAAAAAAUUACACUCCUAUGCAUAUAGUGCAGUGCAGGGUGUGUAUAAUGAAUGUAGUGUGUUUGUAGUGAAUGCAGAGUGUGUAUAAUGAAUGCAGUGUGUUUUAGUGAGUGCAGAGUGUGUACACUGAAUGCAGUGUGUUUGUAGUGAAUGCAGAGUGUGUAUAGUGAAUGUAGUGUGUAGUGAGUGCAGAAUGUGCAUAAUAAAUGCAGAGUGUGUAUAGUGAAUGCAGAGGGUGUAUAGUGAAUGUAGUGUGUUUGUAGUGAGUGAAGAGUGUGUAUAAUGAAUGCAGUGUGUGCGUGUGCGCGCUGGAUGACGUGUGUGUGAGUGCUGGAUGAUGUGUGUGCUGGAUGAUGUGUGUGCGAGUGCUGGAUGAUGUGUGUGCGAGCUGGAUGAUGUGUGUGUGUGUGCGCUGGAUGAUGUGUGUGUGUGUGCUGGAUGAUGUGUGUGUGUGUGCUGGAUGAUGGGUGUGGGAGUGCUGGAUGAUGUGUGUGCUGGAUGAUGUGUGUGCUGAUGUGUGUGUGUGCUGGAUGAUGUGUGUGUGUGUGCUGGAUGAUGUGUGUGUGUGUGUGUGUGUGCUGGAUGAUUGUGUGUGUGCUGGAUGAUUGUGUGUGUGUGUGCUGGAUGAUGUGUGUGUGUGUGUGCGUGCUGGAUGAUGGGUGUGUGAGUGAGUGCUGGAUGAUGGGGAGGGGAAGCAUUUUUUUUUAACUUUAUGUGUUUAUUUUAUUCCCCCCUCCCUGCUUCUUACCUUGUCAGGGAGGGGGGAGAUCGCCUGGUGGUCCGGUGGAGGGAGCCAGCCGCUGCACACAGGGGCCAUCACACGCUGUGUUCCCUCUCCAGCUCUAACUCUCGCGAGACUCGCCUGUGCGGAGCGUUGCCAUGGUAACAGCCGCGGGUCUCGCGAGAGUUAUAGCUGGAGAGGGAACACAGCGUGUGCUGGCCCCUCUGUGCAGGUAGCAGGGCCGGUCCUGCAGGACAGGUAACGGGAACGGCGUUCCUGCUUUGGAAAAAGUGCAGGAACGCCGUUCCCAUGCGUUCCUGCAAGACUCGAGCCCUGCUCCAGGCUCCCACACAUUAGGUGCACUGUGUAGGUUAGGUUACAGUUAGUUUUACUGGGUGGGUUUAUAUUAUUAAAGGGACACUCCAGGCUCCCACACACGUUAGGUGCACUGUGUAGGUUAGGUUACAGUUAUACUGGGUGGGUUUAUAUUAUUAAAGGGACACUCCAGGCUCCCACACACGUUAGGUGCACUGUGUAGGUUAGGUUACAGUUAGUUAUACUGGGUGGGUUUAUAUUAUUAAAGGGACACUCCAGGCUCCCACACACGUUAGAUGCACUGUGUAGGUUAGGUUACAGUUAGUUAUACUGGGUGGGUUUAUAUUAUUAAAGGGACACUCCAGGCUCCCACACACGUUAGAUGCACUGUGUAGGUUAGGUUACAGUUAGUUAUACUGGGUGGGUUUAUAUUAUUAAAGGGACACUCCAGACUCCCACACACGUUAGGUGCACUGUGUAGGUUAGGUUACAGUUAUACUGGGUGGGUUUAUAUUAUUAAAGGGACAAUCCAGGCUCCCACACACGUUAGGUGCACUGUGUAGGUUAGGUUACAGUUAGUUAUACUGGGUGGGUUUAUAUUAUUAAAGGGACACUGCAGGCUCCCAUACAAGGAGGGUAGCAGUGUUUGAUGCCAGGCGGUUAGUGAAGGAGGGUCGUGGUGUUUAAUGCCAGGUGGUUAGUGAAGGAGGGUAGUGGUGUUUAAUGCCAGGCGCAGUGGCGUACAUUCCGGGGUCGCAGAGGUCGUGGCUGUGACCGGGCCUGGCCCACCAGGGGGCCCAGCCGCCCUGUGACCCGGUAUGUACACCAUUGUGGCCAGCCUCUUCUCCUGGUGUCACCGGGCGGCUGUUCCUGCGGGCGUGCGAGGGAGCACUCUCCCUGGCUGAGUGCUCUCUACCCAGCUCCCUCGCGCACCGCACUGAUGCCGGAGCCGGAAUAUGACGUCAUAUUCCGGCUCCGGCAUCAGUAAGCGGCGUGCAAGGGAGUUGGGCAGAGAGCACUCAGCCAGGGAGCGUGCUCCCUCGCGCGCCCGCAGGACCGGCCCCCCGGGCAGCCCACUGGACAGACAGCCAGAGAGCCAGCCAGACCGCCCGGUGACCGGCUGCCCAGUAGCAUCACUGGACCCCAGGGAAUCCCCUCAGCUCUCCCAAAGGUAAGGAAGCUGGGGAAUUAAAUUUUAAAGAAACAUGUGUGUGUGUGUCUGUUAGAGUGUGUGUGUGUGUGUUAGUUUUUGUGUCAGUGUGUGUGUGUUACUGUGUGUGUGUCUGCUAGUGAGUGUCAGUGAGUGUGUUAGUUUUUGUGUGUUAGUUUGUGUGUGUCUGUUAUUGAGUGUGUGUCUGCUAGUGAGUGUCAGUGAGUGUGUUACUGUGUGAGUGUGUUACUGUAUGUGUCUGUUACUGAGUGUGUUAGUUUGUGUGUGUCUGUUAGUGAGUCUGUUUGAUGUCUGUUAGUGAGUGUGUGUUUGUCAGUGAGAGUAUGUUUUGUAAGUGAGUGUGUAUGUGUGUCUGUCUGUCAGUGAGUGUUUAUGUAUGUAGCCGAGUGUCUCUGUCAGUAAAUGUGUGUAUCUGUUAGCUAGUGUGUAUGCAUCUAUUCGUGAGAGUGUGUGUGUUUAAAACCCCUUCAGCACUUACCUGCCAAGGAAGUUCGGCGCUGGGGAUCCCUCUGCCCCAAUCCGCCUCUCAGCUCUGAAUGCGCAUGCUGGCAAGAGCCGCGCGCGCGCAUUCAAACCGCCCAUAGGAAAGCAUUACUCAAUGCUUUCCUAUGGACGUCCAGCAUCUUCUCACUGUGAUUUUCACAGUGAGAAUCGCGGUAGCACCUCUAGCGGCUGUAAGUGAGACAGUCACUAGAGGCUGGAUUAACCCUCAGUGAAACAGCAGUUUCUCUGAAACUGCUAUGUUUUCAGCUGCAGGGUUAAAACUAGAGGGACCUGGCACCCAGACGACUUCAUUGAGCUGAUGUGAUCUGGGUAUCUGUAGUGGUCCUUUAAGUGUGUGUGUGUCUGCAUGCAUGGGCGUACAUAUCCCAAUCGCAGGGGUCGCCACCAUGUUUUCCGGCCCGCGCAGAGUGGGGGUGGGGGGGGGCACGGAUCAAUUUUCGCACCGGGGCCCUAUGGGUCAUGUGUACGUCACUGGCCAGGCGGUUAGUGAAGGAGGGUUGAAGUGUUUGAUGUCAGGUGGUUAGUGAAGGAGGGUAGCAGUGUUUGAUGCCAGGUGUAAAGGAGCGUAGUGGUGUUUGUCACAAAGAGUAGUGACAAUCUAUUCUAUUUCAGUGCAUGCGAGAUGGUGAAUGCUGUGAUGGGCAGCUGUGUGUCUGGGGCCAGUGCACCAUGUCAACAAAGGGAGCAAGUGGCACCAUCUGCGAGAGCCAACAGGACUGCAGUGCCGGACUCUGCUGCUCCAUUCAGUCAAGUAAAUGAUUACAUCACUUUUAGUGAUGUCCCGAACGGUUCGCCGAACAGUUCGCCACGGACGGCGAACAUAUGCGGUAAACUCUGACCCUGUACCUCACAGUCAUCAGACACAUUCCAGCCAAUCAGCAGCAGACCCUCCCUCCCAGACCCUCCCACCUCCUGGACAGCAUCCAUUUUACAUUCAUUGUGAAGCUGCAUUCUUAGUGAGCUGUCCAGGAGGUGUGAGGGUCUGGGAGGGAGGGUCUGCUGCUGAUUGGCUGGAAUGUGUCUGCUGACUGUGAGUUACAGGGUCAAAGUUUACCGCAUAUGUUCGCCGUCCGUGGCGAACCGUUCGGGACAUCACUAAUCACUUUGUUUUAUAUUGUAUAUGAAGUGUAAAUAAUUUUACUUUCACAGAUUUUAUAGAAUGAUAAGAUAUUAUCUAUUCAGUAAUUAGACACUGCAAGCAACACAACUACUGCAGAUUCUUGUAUUAUUACAGCUUAUUGUGUUAUUACAGCUUUUUUGUAUUAUUACAGCUUAUUGUGUUAUUGCAGCUUAUUAUGUUAUUACAGCUUUUUUGUAUUAUUACAGAUAAUUGCACAGGUUGUUGCAGUAGAGGCUUGUCCAUAGGGACUUGGGGCAGCGCCCCACCAGCGUUUAUGUGGGGGGAUUUAUUUGCAAUAGGUUAGAAACACUAAGAUAUUUUUUCUAGAGUGGAGGGAGGGUGGUAAGUCAAACAUAGGGGGAAAAAGUGUGUCUGUUUAAUUCUAUUAUAUGUUUCAGUAAUGUAGGGCUCCUCCCUCUACUUGGUAGCUGUUUGUGGAAGCUUACUUAAGAGCAUUUAGGCAUGUCAAUAAAUUGGGGCAGGUUUGAAAUCUGUCCUGUUUCAGCAAGUUUUGCACAUGCCCAGUGUUUACGAAGUGACCAUUCGGGUCAGCCAGCUGCCCAUGAGUGGAGGCAUGCUAUUGGCCUCUCUAUUCAGGGGCCAUCAUUGGCUAAUAGUAGCAGGGGGUGUGGUGCAGUGCCAUCUUGGAAAUAGCAGAAGUAGAGCACACCAGCAGCCGCUCCUUGCCCCUGCCAAAUAUACAUGUAGAAUAUUAUCUUUUUAUUUCCCCCAAUAGCCCUACUGACUGCCUGAGGACUGAUUAACCAAGGGAAUUAACUCAAAUAUGUAAUGCGACUCUGAGGACUGAUCUGAUUCCAAUCUAUUUUAAUAUGUAAUGAUUUGUGAUUCUGUUAACCAUGUCAGCUACGUCUAUCGGUAUCCUGCAGGUUUAACCCUGUGUACAUGGGGUGUUAGGAACUAAUAGUGAGCCAGGAGCAGCUGACAUGGUUGGAGUCUAACCUAUCUUGAUGCUUUACGCUAUGCACACUGUGUGCUGAGAGCUAAUUGAGUAGCUGACAUGUUUCAUAACAGUAGCAUUAUUUAAUGGAAAGCAGUUAUCAUAGCUGGAACACUACUGAAGGUUAGAUCAUGAAAAGGAAAGAGCCAAGAGAGGGCUAGGUAGAUAGAGAGAGAGAUCUGCAGCAUUAUACAGAGAUGUACUCUGUGGGGAUCUCUGUAUUGCAGCUCUGUGUAAUCCAUCACAGUGAUGGCUGUGUGAGAUAGUUAUUAUGCCCAGCUCUGUGGGUUAUUUCUCUGUAUUUUACUCAGCUCUGCCUGUUGUAUAGGUAUCUCUGUAGUCUACAGAGCUCUGUGUAUUAUAUAGGUAUAUUUGUAUUGUACCCAUACUUGUAAUUGAAACAUACUUUUUAAAGCGACACAGUAGGCACCCAGAACACUUCAGCUUAUUGAAGAGGUCUGGGUGCAAUGUCCCAUGACACCCUACAGUGGUAAUUAUUGUAGUUUCUGAGAAACUGCAAUAAUUACCUUGCAGGGUUAACUGCUCUAGUGGCUGUCUACCAGACAGCCACUAGAGGGACUUCUGGCAUUGAAACGGACCUUCGGUCCGUUAUCUGACGCUUGAUGUCCUCACUGUCACAACUGCUAGUGUGGUCCAACACACAGAAACUGUAAAUGUAAGCAUUUACAUAGAAAACAAAAAGGAAAUAAAAGGAUUGAACGUCCUUAGAAUGGCCGGACUAAUAUGUUAGAGACAGAGAAUGGUCAAAGGGAAAGCUGAGGUCAAGGAAGCCAGAAAUACACAAUACCGUUUAAACAAGCCAAGUCAGGGAAACCAGAAAUCGGAAUAACCAGGGAAUAGCCAAGGUCAAAAUACCAGAAUAUCAGAAUCACAAGGAUAAACGCACUCUCGGGAACCAGGAACAGGAAACCACGACAGGACAAGGUACUGGGGAAAAUCAGGGAUUUAAAUAUCCCUCUCUGGGCUCUGAUUGGUCAGAGGGUGAGCUCUGACCCCAGAACCUGCGCAUGCGUUGACGUUGUGACGUCACGCGCAUGUCCGUAUAACUUUGAGGGGCAGAGCCUUUGAUGGACGCGACCACAUGGUCGGCGCCAUCUUUGGUUUGGGCACACUGCCCAGAAAACGCGGAGGAGCGGUUCCCGACUCGCCGACAAGCAGGUAAGCUCGCUUUAUUGGCGCAGUUGUGCCGGUCGGGCACAGACGCACCGUGCGGCGGCCAGGAGCUGUAACCCUCACGCUCUGCAUGAACACCUCCAGCGUCAGAUUUUUCCCAAUAGGAAAGCAUUGAAUAAUGCUUUCCUAUGGGGUGAUCCUAAUGUGAGCAUGGCCAUUGCCGCACAUGAGCAUUAGGUCUCCCCCACCAGCUGACGUUGGUGGGGGAGGAGCAUGGGCGGAGCCUCACCCAGCGCCGAGGGACAUCAGCGCUGGAUUCAGGUGAGUGACUGAAGGGGUUUUAACCCAUUCAGCACCGUGGGAGAGGGGUGCGCGAGGGAGGGGGGCAGUGAAGGAUUCUACAGCGCCAGGAAAACAGGUUUGUUUUCCUGGCACAAUAGAAUCCCUUUAAGUCAGCGCUGAUUUUUUCCUUACCAUAUUUAACAUCCACCCCACCCCUCACUGACAUCAUUGUGGGAAGGUUAACGCUCCCAUUUAGCAUUGUAAGCUUUUAUAACACACUGAGCUAUAGUGAUAUAGUAAACUAUAAUAAUACAUGAGUUGUAAUAGUGCAAUAAGCUGUAACAAUACAUUAUGCUGUAAUAAUACAUUAUGCUGUAAUAAUACAAUAAGCUAUAACACACUGAGCUUUAAUAGUGCAAUAAGCUGUAAUAAUAUAAGUUAUAACACACUGAGCUUUAAUAGUGCAAUAAGCUUAAUGUAAUAUUACAUAUUACAAUGUAUUGUAUGUUUACAGCUUUUUGCACUAUUACAGCUCAAUGGAUUAUUACAACUCAUUAUUACAUCUUAUUGUAUUAUUACAGCUCAGUGUUAUUACAGCUUAUUGUAUUAUUACAGCUCAAAUAAUACACUGAGCUGUAAUAGUGCAAUAAGCUGCAAUAUUACAGUAAGAUGCAAUAAUACAAUAAGCUGUAAUAAUACACUGAGCUGUAAUAAUGCAAUAAUACAAUGAGCUGUAAUAAUACAAUAAGCUGUAGUAAUAAUAAUGGGUUUUAAUAAUCCAUUGAGCUGUAAUAGUGCAAUCAAUAAGGUGCAAUAAUACAGUGUGCUGUAAUAAUACAAUAAGAUGCAAUAAUACAAUGAGCUAUAAUAAUACAAUAAGCUGUAAUAACAAAUUGAGCUAUAAUAAUACAAUAAGCUGUGAUUGUUAUAGCUCUUGGAUGUCCCUUUUGAAGCCUACUGUAGUGUUUAUGAUGCCAGUAGUAUCCUGUGCCAUCCCAUGGUACGAUAUCAAGCAGUUUUAGCAUGAUAUGAUUAUUUAUCUAGGUCCUGCCAUUUACCGGUGUUCAACCCAGGUUUCUGUAGCAGGAGAAGCCGGGUAACUCCAUAGAGAAAUAGAACCAUACAGUUCUGCAAUCAUUGGCGUCAACUGAGCGCUAUCAAUCAAUGAUUGCAGUCCUGCAUCUCUCCUUCUAAGCUAUAGAAAUGUCUGGCUUCUUCUACUGGAGGAGACAGGAUGUACCAGAUGUGGAGAGGGCAGCGGGCAGGACCCAGGUAAGAUUUUAAACCUUGCUAAAAAGCCUGACAUUUUAUUAUAGUACUGUGACUGGUUAUGGUUCUUGGAGUGCUUCUUCAAUUUUACCCACUAAUGCUUUAUGCCGACUUGUCAAUCUAUAUAUGGGAUAUAUACUGAAGACUCCUCUCACCCUUCCUUUGUCUGCAAUAUUUUGGCAGGUCUUUCAUACAACAAUGUAGGAUGGGAAAUGCCAAAAUGGCAGCCAAUCAGAGUAGAGUGAAAGAAACAUGAUGUUUAAUUACAGUAAAAUUUCAGCUGUACAAAUAUUCUAUGUCAGUGCAUACAGAUAAUCUACUGUAUCCUGCUGUGUCCUGAUGGGUUAUAGAGCGUUUUGGUUUAAUGGCUUUUAUUUGAUCUAGGUCUUUUAUACCCGGUCUGUGCUCCACUGCCAGUGAAGGGCGAGCUUUGUCACAACCCAGUUCACCAGCUUUUGAAUGUUCUCAGCUGGAAUUUGCAAAGUGACGGGGUGCUUGAUCUCUGCCCAUGUUCCAGUGGAUUAGUGUGCCAGUCCCAAAGGUGGGUGAUCACAUCCUAACACAUGCAUUAUCCUGGCACUACAACAUAUGCCAACCUUUGUUAUAUCCAUCCGUGUCUGGUGUAAUCAACAAUAUAUUAUUUUAAGUAGUCAUUUCCCCCCACCAGAAAUCUGUCUAGUUACCAUAAUUGUCCAAAUGCCAUCUAUUCUCGAAGCCAGUGAUUGUACGUAUGUUCUUUGCUUGCUCAAUGAGAACCAAUUUGUGGUGACUAUGGAGGCCUCCAUUUAAUACUUUGGGAAAACUUUUAAAUUGAUAUAAUAUUUUGAAAAAUAUUCUAAUAUUUAGAUGUUUUGAUAUAGUUAUGUAGUAAUCUAGGUUGCAACAGGAUCAAAGUCCAACAAGUUCAACCUUGAACCCAUUCCUUUAUGCUGUUGAUCCAAAGGAAGGAAAAAACACAAACAAUUGUAGCCAUUUUCAAUAAUACCAUAAAAAGGUUAAAAACAAGUACUCAACAACCAAGUGACAUACAUAGUAAUCUUAUCCUUGAAUAUUCUGCUUAUGCAAACAAGCAUCCAAGCCUUUUGUAGAAUAUGAUGACAACCUCUUUAGGUAGAGAAUUCCACAUCUUUAUCGCUCUUAAAGUAAAGAACCCUUUCCUCUGCUGUAAGUAAAAACGCCUUUCUUCCAGUCUCAAUGGGUGACCUCUUUUCUAUUGUAUCUUCCUGCUUAUAAACAGGUUAACACAUAACAUAUUAUCAUGUGCUACUAUUGAAUUGUUUACAAUUAUACCUGGUUUGCCACUGCAAUUCUGUGCAUGCAGUUUUUAUCAUUGUCAUUUAAAGGAUCACUUUAGGGUCAGGAACACAAACAUGUAUUCCUGACCCUAUAGUGUUAACACCACCAUCUAGCCCCCCUGGGCCCCUCAUGCCUCCAUAAAUAUAGCAAAAUCUUACUGUAUUCAUGCCAGAAGCUGUAGAUCUGCAUGUUGUUUGCCUCAGGCGUGGGGGCCAGGGGGAGGACAUUAGGUCCCCCCCCACUUAUUCUAAUUUAGGGCCCCCACCCACCGCUCAGGGGUGGGGGCCAGGGGGGAGAACAUUAGGUCCCCCCCUAAUUAGUAUUUAGGGCCCCCACCCACCGCUCAGGGGUGGGGGCCAGGGGGGAGGACAUUAGGUCCCCCCCCUCAUUCUAAUUUAGGGCCCCCAUCCAAAGCUCAGGGGUGGGGGCCAGGGUGGAGGAUAUUAGGUCCUCCCCCCUCAUUCUAAUUUAGGGCCCCCACCCACCGCUCAGGGGUGGGGGCCAGGAGGAGGACAUUAGGGCCCCCACCCGCCGUUCAGGGGUGGGGGCAAUAGGUCCCCCCUUCAGGUUAGGAGGGGGAGGGAGGACGUGUUUUUUUUGUUUGUUUUUUACAGUGAGCAGCCACAGGCUGCUCACUAUUUAAUAGAUAUGCCCCUACUCGCGGUAUAGCGAGUAGGGGCAUAAUUUACUAAUACUAAGUAAUCUUUACUUACUAUUAGUAAAUUUGGCUGAAAGACCAAUUUAGGUCAUUCAGCCUUUUAGUAGAUAGCUCCCUAAUACCGUGGGAAUUGGGGAGUUAUCUACUUAUUAAUUCCUGUCAUUACAUUGACUGGCCACGUAACUUACAUUUUAUAUGAAUGUGUGUUACUUGAUUGUUGUAAGUGUUGCAAAUGCUUACAGCUGAAUCCUGGCUACGUUUGUAUACUUUUUAUUUAAAAUUGUAUACAGUGUAACAUUCUUCUUCUUCCACUGGGUCAGAAUAUUAGUACUUAGGCAAUUCUGUGCUUCGGAACUUCGGUAAUUCAGCACUUCAGACAUUCGGAAGUACCCGAAUUUCCCAAAAUUCGUCCGAAUUCAUAUUCGGUCCGAAACGAAUUGCACAUGUCUACUCCUUACUAGUUUUUGCCCAAUAUUGCACCGCCUAUUCAAGUUAGGAUCUUAUCGUUGAUUUAUAAAUAGGCAAAAUUAUAUUUGGAUCACGUGAAUCAAUACCCAUUUUUAUACUCAAAUGCACCUCACUAGCUUUUGAAAUGCACGUCGGCAUUGCAUACUGUUGUCUAGUUUGUUAUCAAUAGAAACAUAGAAUGUGACGGCAGAUAAAGAACCAUUCGGCCCAUCUAGUCUGCCCAAUUUUCUAAAUACUUUCAUUAGUCCCUGGCCUUAUCUUAUAGUUAGGAUAGCCUUAUGCCUAUCCCACGCAUGCUUAAACUCCUUAACUGUGUUAACCUCUACCACUUCAGCUGGAAGGCUAUUCCAUGCAUCCACUACCCUCUCAGUAAAGUAAUACUUCCUGAUAUUAUUUUUAAACCUUUGUCCCUCUAAUUUAAGACUAUGUCCUCUUGUUGUGGUAGUUUUUCUUCGUUUAAAUAUAUAGUCUCCUCCUUUACGGUGUUGAUUCCCUUUAUGUAUAUUCAUUUAAUGUUAUCCCUAACUUAAGCCCGUUUAGUGGCUUGUGGGUUCUUUAUUCGAAAAUGCAUGACUUUAAAUUAAUCUGUAUUGAAUCUCAUCUUCCACGUGCCUGCCCAGUUCCCCAAUUUAUCCAAAUCCAUCCCAUUGUACAGUGCUGCAGAGGUUGUUGGUGCUAUAUAGAUAAUUAUAAUAAUCCAUAAAGAAGAUUUAUCAUGUUCAGCCAGUGCUAUCUACCUAGAUGUGUCAUCUGCAAACAUUGACACAUCACUUUAAGAUCACUUAUAAUAGAAGAGAAGUGGACCCAGGACAAUACACUGAGACACUCGACUUAAAAGAAUAUGGACAUUGCGACAUAACUGCUGUCUGUAGAAUACUUAGGGACACAGCAGCUAACACUGAAUGGGGCGGGGGGGUAAUUAACCAAAAACCCCAAAUCUUUUACACUACAAGGAUAUGGACAUUAUAGUUAUGCAAAGUAGUAGUAAGGGGCCUAUCCUUUUAAAUAGCACAGGUCAGAGAAGAUGGACACAGUUGAGCAGACCACUAAAGCACAUACAUCACAAGUCAUAGAGCUACUAAAGCAGGUCAGUGACCUCACUUCGGCCCAUGCAACUCUCAGCCACCAGCUAGUUGCACUGGAAGACAAAAGGAGGUGGAAACACCUGAAAAUCCAGGGCCUAGCAGACAGUGUCACUACGGUAGAACUGCCUCAUUUUCUAUGCAGGCUCUUCGUGGCCCUCCUGCCUCCUAAACAGGCUAAAGGCAUAUGCUAGACGCGAUGUUCUGUCUCCUUAAGCCUCCAUCAGCUGUAGCAUCAACCACCAACGACCUACUGAUUAAAUUUCAGAAUGGCCAAGACAAGGCUGCCAUCUUGAACGCAACUAGAGGGAAAACCCCAUACCAGUUCGAAGAAAUGGACCUUGCCUUUUUCUCCAACCUUUCCAGCAUGGCUCUGCAGGGGAGGAAGUCAUUAGGUCCUCUCACAUCAAUCCUGUAGAAUCAAGGUGUUAAAUACCACUGGGGCUCCCCUCGCAUAGUCAUCAUACAACACCAGAAUGUGGAAUACAAAGUGUCUGACACAUCAGAAAUGGACGCUAGCCUGACCAGCCUUGGACUGCAUUGUAUCUCCACACCUACAACUCCAGCCUGGGACCCGACCACCAUAACAUUCACACCAGAGCCAAGAGUGUGAACAAAGUGGUGGUUACUUUUGCACCUUCUUUUUAUCCCUUAUAUCUUGCAUUUUCCCACCUUUACAAAAAAAAAGGCACUUACAUAUUAUUUUAGUUAGAUUUCGUUUUGUUUCUUGAGGUUUAUCCUACCACAUGUGCGGAAAUUGUUCUCUAUGCGCUUUCUGGGUCACGACCGGAAAUAACCCUGCUACGCUGGCUCCUCCAUUGCCACCAACCCCCACGCGUACAAUUUCUCACUUUACUCCAACAUGUGGAGCCGUUUUCAUUGAUCGCUCUGCUUCCUCUAUUUUUAAGGUUAUUAUUUACCUUUUCUCUUUUUCAUUAUGGUUUUUGCCAUGUCCUAAUGAAUCUACUGCUUCUAACGAACAUACUUUUUAGCACGGCUGUUCUUAUUAAAAAAAAAACAAACAAAAAAAAAACAAACAAAAAAAAACCCACCUGCGGCCAAUACAGUUACCCUUACGAUUACACAUAUGUUUCUAACCACUGUCAUGUUUCAACUUUUGUAUCACAUGCUAUGUUUAUCAUUAAAACCCAAGCAAAAAAAACUAAAGAAACCAGCAAAAAAUACAUUUAAAAAACCCACCAAAAAAUAAAACAAGCAAAAAAAAAACCAAACCCUGCAGCAGUCUGUAUAAUGUUAGAUUGUUACAUUUUACUUUGGCCAAACAGAAGGUAGAGGUAUUAACUAUCAGAGACUAGCAUCUGGCCAGUGUGAUGUUGGCAUGCAGACUCCACUUUGUGCAGAGGACAGCAGGAAAGCAAAUGUUAAUUAAUUUCAAUGCAAAAAAAGAACUCAUCAAAUCAAAGGGGAUUGGAAAUUAUAUAAUUUUGUGGAAAAUCAGUAACUUUCAUACUGAUUGUAAUUCUCUGUUUGUCAGUCACACUUUAGUGUCCGUUUGUGAAGAGCUGCCGCAAGACAUUGACAGGAGGGCGAAUCCUGAGGCGCUAAUAGAGGACUUUCCCUUUGUCAGCUUGCUACCACAGGAAGAAUUAAAUUACGAAGACAGUUACUCUGUGACAACUGGGUCCAGCCCGACUGCAGACUAUCGCAUGCCAGAAAUGUAUCCUGAUAUCAACCAGGACGAGAUCUGAGAAACGUGCUGGAUACAUGCAGACUGUAAUAGAACAGGGUAAAAUAGACUGUUACCGCCUCCCUCAUGCAGUGGAUUGCUCUAUAUUCUCCAACAUGCGUUGAUUAACCCUUUAAGAGGGCAGCCUUUAUGAUUUCUCUUUUCUCAGAAGGAAGUAAAAAAAAAAUUUCUAGGUGCCAAUCAAUUUUAUGGUUUGUGUCUACCUUUUUUUUUUUUUUCCCCCCCCUUGCUUACAAGAGGGGGACUAUUUACAUACACAUUCUUAAUAGAAAGAAAACAAAUCUGUGGUAAUGUUCUGAAAGUGCAAAGAUUGCUGUGGAAUAAAUAAAAUCAGGAUAAUUUCAUUUGUUUCCAAGGCACUGCUCUACUUUUAGAACUUUUCACACUACCAAUCUGUAACACAAACACAUACCUCCACGAUCGCCUACUGUAGUAAGCAGUGAAUGGCUGUUGGCUAAUUACGGAUUAAAGGCAUACGACUUCCUCCUGCCAUCAUUCUUCUAAUAUUUAUAUAGUGACAGUAAUGUGUGACCCUUAAGUAACCAGGUAUGUAUAAAGUAGGUUUCUAAAUGGAGAGAUAAUUAAAGAAUCCCUGAUCAUACCACCCAAGGUAACAUGGUGUAUGAAAUGAAACUGAUGGUUGUUAGGCAGGAUCCCAAUGGCCACAGUACUCAAUCAGCAAGUGACUGUCACCCUCUGGCUCCCUAAUCAGUUUAAGGAGCUUAUUACCCAAACCGUGAAUUUAACGAAAUGUAAAGAUUUAGACUUGGGAAAAAAAAAAUCUGCAAUAUCAUCUAUUUAUGGCUAAACGUUAUUGAAAUGUACUAGCAGACUUGCAGUUUAUUCUCCAGUCUCUCAGAAUCGGACACCAGAAACGGGUAGCCCACUGCAUGUCUGUAUGUAGAGUUAAAUGGAGCUGAGCUGGUGUUAAAUCAUUGUUCAGCAAAGACACAUACUACAUUUUCUCCAUUUUAAAAAUAAAAACAUAGGGGGUUAAUCUUUGAUUUGAGCUGUAAUUAUUCCCCUAUUCUGAAUGUGUGUGUGUCUGAUCUUUUUUCUGCAUAAAGUACAUUCAAAUGAUACAAGGUUAAUUCACAUUUUAUUUCUCUUUCUUUCAAUCACAUGUGUAGACUUUUUUUUUUUUUUUUUUUUUAAACGGAAAGAAAAAUAUAAUUUGAUUACAAAGGCCUUAAAUUAGAGGGCUGGUUUAUCUAAAAACAAUUAUUUGAGUCAAAAGAAUCGUACAAAAAACAGCUGAUCCAUACCAACCACCUAUUCCAGGGGUAGGCAACAUUCAGCAUUCCAGAUAUUAUUGACUAUAUCUUCCAUAAUGCUCUUACAACCAUAAUACUGGCAAAGCAUCAGGGGACAUGUAGUCCACAACAUCUCUAGUGCCAAAAGUUGUCUACCCAUGACUUAUUCUAUUAUGUACAUCUGUACUUAACACUUCGUAACCUCAUGGGCAUUCAAGAGAUGUUCGAUUCUAGAACCACAUCAUUAGCUUCCUAACACAAGCACCACAAAACCUUCCCAAGAUAAGCCAACAAUUGGAAACUAUAACCAGAACAUAUUGAGCAGGGGAGUAGAUUUUAUGUGAAGCACUCAGAAUGGGUCCCAUUUGUCAUUAUCGGGGAUCAGCUGAAUAAAACCUUUGCUGGAAGAGGAGGGAGGGAAUAUGUGCAACACUGGUUCUUUAACAGAGCACAUGUAAGAGAUUUGUAAAAGGUGCUCUGCUCACUAUACAGUGCAAACAAGACUCAACUAUUUAAACAGCCCUUUAGUGAAAAAAAAAACUCUGAAUUUCGAGUAAUGUUUAAAAUUUGCCCAAAAUACUACAAUAAUGUGACGUAAAUUAACCAUUGGUAUUAUUAAGAGGACCAUGAAAAUAACUUUGUUUUAAAGCAUCUAAUGAAUUAAUCAUUAAGAAACGACCUGCAGAAAUGCAAAUCGUAUUUACUAAUGUGUGAAUUGUUUGGAACUGAAACGACGUACAGCACAAACAAAACAAUUAAAGACACAUAAGCUGCAUAAUAAAAGCUGGUUGAAGCCUGCUUCAUUUUUUUAUCACUAUAAAUUAAGAUUUGUAUAGGUUAUAGAAGAAGCCAUUAUUUUGCUUCUGGUGUGUUUGUAUCCAUCGUUAAUCAUACCUUUCCAUGUAUUGAACUCAUUGGUGUUGCAGAUCAGCAGCAACCAACGACCCAGUGUAGUACAGAUAUACAUACGGUAAUGUAAAAUAAAUAUAAGAAUUACAAAAGCUAAAACCAAGAGGCAAUACAUUUACAGGAGUGUCUAGUAAAUACUCCUGUAAGUCCAUUGCCUCUUGGUAAAAUAUGGUAUACUACAUAGGCUAAUCACCAACAAUAUGGACCACAUGUGGAGGGUGACAGCACCUUUAAUUGGAUCAUGUGGAAUCUUUUCACUUACCUUUCCACUUCUGACCAGAAAUCCAAAUAAAACAUGGUUUGUUUUAAAGAGACAAUUUAAUUUGUGUGGCUUUUUUUCUUUUUUUAAUUUUUAUUGGCAUGUUCAUUGUUGUAAACAGCAUCCGGCAUGAAGAAAAAAAAAUAAAAUUAUCAAAACCUUGUAUUGAUUUGUUAUAAAUUACACAGCAAUUUCAAAAAUGUAUGCAGAAAUAUUUAUACAUAUUUUUUCUACUAUUGUGUUGCAAAUCAAACAGCAAGGAUUUAAAAAAAAAAAAAAAAAGUGCUCAAAAUGGCAUUUAAUGCAUUCAGUAAAUUAGGUUUGAAAUUAAUCUUCCAAUGGUUAUUUAAAACAUACAGGGGGAGGAGUUUGAACUGAACACAAAAUAAACAUGAAAAAACAAAAAAAAAACACCCAAAAAAAGGAAAAAGUGUAUCAAUGUAAAACGGCAUCUCCAAAAGCUAAAUAUAUAAGAAAAUAAAAAUGCAGCUUUACACAAAAAUUUAAAAUUAAAAACGAAACAAAAACAAUGAACAAGCAAACAAAACUCUAUAGUACCAGGAAAACCAAACAUGGGAAAAAUACAAAAGGAAAAAAUUUAAAUAGGCAGCUAAAGUUUCUCAUGUACAAAGUGUUGAUAUGUGAGAUUCUAGGAAAUUGAAGCGUUGCAGUCUGUUGGACUAUUGGUAAUAUUUUAUUUACACUCUGAUGAAACAGCAGAAUAAGAUUGCUCUAUUGGUUUUAAUACUUUGUCCCCUUGCUACAAGAACCUGUUCGUAAACAGACGCGCAUCCUAAUUCCAGCGUAUACCUACCUUCUUACCCUCGUCAAAUAAUGGUACAGCAGCAUCAGGCAUGUACACAAACCUACUACUUCAAUUGAGGUAAUGUGUGUAUCAGCGACAUAACAUAGAAAACUAUUCCAAGCUCCUUGUAGCUUUAUGUUGAAAUCCCUGAAAGAUCUGAGGAGAUCUCUCUCUCUGAGAGGGCUCCAAACAAUUGCAUCCAACCAAAGCUGGGUAACAGCCAAAUAUCCAAUCCACUUGGUUUGAUUUUUAUUACAUUAUAUAUAUGCUUUUGUAAAUAUUUAUAUAUAAUCUUAUUUGCACAUCCCUUUACAGUUUAAUCGACCAUAGUGCAGAACAUGAUUACAAGUCAAACAGUGACCUCACUGGGUCCUGCGGUGCUGAUUGGAUUACAGUCCACCAAUCAGUGCUGGUAUUAUCAAGUCACACCUUGAGUGUCCUGCAGAGAGUCCUUUCUCCAUGCCGACAGUGAACCUGCCUGCGAAAGAAACCCUUGAAUGGAGUCUUAAGCUAAAUGUCAGUCAUGAGCAGCGUCUUUACUUGAUGCUCCGUCCAGGUAAAUCUUUAGUGCCUUUUCUUUUCGAGGGGAGUAAGUCACACGGUGCCCAGUUUUUUGCAAGCGGCUACUUUCCUUUUUCAUUAGCUCAUUCCUCUGCUCGUCUGUAAGUUCAACUAGAUCCUCUGUUUUAUCCCUAAAAUAAAAAGUAACAGAUUUUUUAAAUUUUUUGGAAACCCACAAGGUAG